AUUCAACGCCGAGUGACUGCACCUAGACGGACAUGUUUCUCCGACACACCCGAUCAGAGACGCAACGUUUGUAAUGGCUGUUACCCUUCACACAGAUCUAGGAGAGGUUAAAAUUGAAUUGUUCUGUGAGCGCACACCGAAAACAUGUGAGAAUUUUCUGGCUCUGUGUGCUAGUGGGUUCUACAAUGGUUGCGUCUUCCACAGAAAUAUUAAAGGCUUCAUGGUUCAAACUGGAGAUCCUACAGGCACGGGAAAAGGAGGAACAAGUAUAUGGGGUCGCAAAUUUGAAGAUGAGUUCAGUGAACAUUUAAAACACAAUGUGAGAGGGGUGGUCUCAAUGGCAAACAACGGCCCCAACACAAAUGGCUCCCAGUUCUUCUUCACAUAUGCCAAACAACCUCAUCUGGACAUGAAGUACACAGUGUUUGGAAAGAUUAUCGAUGGCCUGGAAACACUGGAUGAACUAGAGAAGCAGCCCGUCAAUGAAAAGACGUUCCGACCGCUGACUGAAACCCGGAUAAAAGAUGUGACCAUUCAUGCUAACCCUUUUGCUGGAUAGAAAACUUUCUCUUCAGUGCAGAUGGGCCUUUUACACAGAUGUAGUCUCCGCUAUUUCUAAUGAGACGGUAGAUAAAGUGUAUGGUACCUUUAAAUUGGAGAGUACGCCCCCAGAUACCAACUAUGGGCAGCACAUGGACUCUGAAGCUGUAAAAUGAUCUUAUAGUUUGUUUGUUUGUUUUUUAUGUGUUUCUAAUAACACAUAAUUUAAAUGUCAUUUGGGUGAAAAAUACUUGCGGCUUAACGAGAUCAACACCUUAGACUCUGUCCACAGCGUAGUACUGCCAUUUGCAACACCGAAGCAAAAUUCAGGGCUCUGCUUUGCAAUGAAGUACCUGACACCUCUUCAUCUUCAAUCAUUCACAAUUCUGUUAAAAAGAGAAAACGCCUUUGAAUACCAUACAUGUUCUGAUCAUUUUUUAAAAAUA